UUCGGAUAGAUAAAUUCAAUAUUAGAUGGCUUUACUAUAAUGAAGUCAAACAUUUGGAUAUUUUUAUUGAUCAGUAUUACAAGUUAUAUUGGUGCAACGUCAAACGAAUCGACUACAGCAGCUGCUAAAUUUAUUUUGUCGUCAUCUCCCUCAACAUUGACAUCGUCUCGAGCAAGAAUUUCUUCAAUUGAAUCCAACGGUGACAUUUUGAUUAGUGGGAAUAUAUUUUCAUCAUCAAAUAUGUCAACAAAUGCUUCUUCAUCUACCUACAAUCAUCAAAAUACAAUAACAUCAUCGCACUCACUGUCAUCAUCAUCAUUAAAUUAUUAUGAGAGUAUUUAUCAAAAAAGUAAUAAUAAUAGCCAGAUUUUGCAUAAUAAAAAUGUCGAGAGUGUGAAGACAAAACGUUCAUUAGACAAAGAUAAUACAUCACCAGAAUGUGAGCCGUUUACAAUAGGCGAAGAUGCAAUCAAAACAUUUUAUAGUCCUGGAUAUCCAAAGGAAUAUACAAAAAAUAUAAGCUGUGUUCGUGUUAUUGAAGCACCAUCGGGAUUUCUCAUAAGGCUUGACUUUCGAGAUUAUUUCCAAAUUGAACCUUCGGAUGAAUGUAAAUUUGAUUACUUAGAGAUAAGAGACGGAGCUCACGGUUUUUCUACAAGUUUAGGUCAAUUUUGUGGUCAUAAUUUUCCUGACAUGAUUACAUCGAAGGAUCGCUUCCUCUGGCUUCGAUUUAAUUCAGAUGAAAAUAUAGAGGAUAAAGGCUUCAAAGCUGUUUAUGAAUUUAUUCCACGACCAACAUCUGUCAUCUACGAUGAGACAGAGUGCAUUAUUCACGUAAAUGGAUCUGAAGGAUGGGUAAAUCAUACGAUGGUUAACCAACAGAAGCUUGAAUACGUGAAAAGGCACAAUUUAUCAUUAGAUUGUAUGUUUAUAAUAACAGUUGAAGAAACUUGGAAGAUUCUUCUAAAGUUUGUGCAUUUCGAAUUAAAGAAGCCAAACGAGUGUGAGAGAAACUUUAUAGAUAUUUUCCCCGAGAAAACGGAUUUGCCGUCUAGAAUAAAAAAUUUUUGCGGUUCCAUGGCAGACAUCGUUGAAUCAAAAGUGAAUAUUGUACACAUACGAUAUUUUGCUGAGGCAUCGGCAAUCAAUUCAACAUUUGCCAUUUUAUUCACAGCCUUUAGGCCUAAAGGAGACUCUUGUGCGGCCGAUGAAUAUGAUUGUGAGGAUUUAACAUGCAUAAAGGCCGAGUUGAAAUGUAACGAUAGAGAAAAUUGUCGAUUUAAGUGGGAUGAAUCGGAGGAUGAAUGUAAGAAUAAAAAUGCAGACCAAUCAGAACAUGUUUUUAUCAUCAUCAUAGUAUUUGGAGUUAUCUUGACGAUUCUCUCAACAGCCUUUGUUAUUAAUUGCAUAAGGAAAAUUGUACGCGAUCAUAAAAUUAUACGAGAGCAUAUCCGGCAAUCACGUGAAAGUAAACUAGAUGAAUUGGGUCGUCAUUCAACAAAAUUGACAAAGUCAAGGGAGAACAUAGCAUUGGCACAAUUAACGAAAAUUCCACCGCCAUCAUUUGAUCUCGAAUCACCGACAUCAAUAAAUUUAAUAGACCACAAUACGAACAAUCAUCAAUAUUAUCGCGAUGCGAUGUCCGCCAAUAAUGGUGCUAGAAUUAUAGAUAGUAAAAAUGAUUUAAAUUUAAGGGAACAAGAGAUAAAAAAUAUUUUAGGAGCAUCAUAUGAUGUUGAUGUUGAUCGUAAGGAUGCUGAAAUGUGUGAUUCAGCGUGUCAAACAAGAGAAUCACUCUUUCAACCUGUAUUUAAAAAUAAAGUAACACAAUCACCCCUCCCAAGUGGUCUUCGCUUUUCAACGUUCGGUUAUUUAGAUUCAUCGACUCCUAGUCCACCACCACCACCCAAUCUUCAAUCAAUGAUGAAUGCUGCUAACAGCGGUCAGGCUAUAAAUAUGCCAUGUCCAACACAUAGUGGAAAAAAUACAUUGCCUCAUCAGCAUCAGCAUCAUCAACAUUUGCAUAGCCAUAGCCAUCAUCAUCGGUUACAUAGUAACAGUACAAAUCAAUCAUGUAACGAUGAUAAAGGAUCAAAUGCUAAUAAAAUGGAUGAGAAUGAUGAAAGGAAAUAUUCAACAUUAAAGAGGGAUGAUAUGCAGUCAUCGAGGUCGUUUAGUGAUGUAAGAAAAUCAGCACCUGAUGUGGUCAUCAUUAGUGGGUGUACAUCAUCGCACUGACGUUUCUAAAUAUUUUCUUUUCACAUUUUUUUUUUGUAUAUAGAUAAAUUGGAAUGAAUAAGAUGGAAAGGAUAUAUUUUCAUUUCUUUUCGUUGUUAUUUACGUUAUUAGUGAAAAAAAAAGUUGUUGUUGC